CCCGCGGCAUCCCCCCCCCGCGCCCUCCUCCUCCUCCUCCUCUUCCAGCGCAAGAUGGCGCCCGGGGGCUCCGUGAGGCUUCCCGUGUGAGGGGAAGACGCCGCUGCGUUCCAGCUCGGCGUGCCCGGCGGGACGGCCGCGAUGGCCGCGGUGGCCGCGCGGCGGGAAGGGCCGCCGUUCAUCAGCGAGGCGGCGGUGCGCGGCAACGCGGCGGUGCUGGAUUACUGCCGGACGUCGGUGUCGGCGCUGUCGGGGGCCACGGCCGGCAUCCUGGGCCUCACGGGCCUCUACGGCUUCGUCUUCUACCUGCUGGCCUCGGUGCUGCUGUCGCUGCUGCUGGUCCUCAAGGCGGGCCGCCGGUGGAACAAGUACUUCAAGUCGCGGAGGCCGCUCUUCACGGGGGGCCUGGUGGGCGGCCUCUUCACCUACGUCCUCUUCUGGACCUUCCUCUACGGCAUGGUGCACGUGUACUGAGCCGGGCGCCGCGGACGCUCGGCUGUGCUGCUCGCCGGCAGAGACCACGCGCCUGUAAUGCUCUUCAGAUUAAAUGCAGUGUGAGCCGC